AUGCCAAGCCCAACUAGACGUUCAAAGUCCCGAUCUAGGUCCAGGAGCAGGAGCAAAUCUCCAAAGAGAAGUCCAGCAAAGAAGGCAAGAAAGACUCCAAAAAAACCAAGAGCAAAGGGUGGAGCCAAGAAGCCAUCUACUUUAUCCAUGAUUGUUGCAGCCAUCCAAGCAAUGAAGAACAGAAAAGGGUCCUCAGUCCAAGCCAUUAGGAAAUACAUCCUUGCUAACAACAAAGGAAUCAACACAUCACACCUUGGAUCUGCAAUGAAAUUGGCUUUCGCAAAGGGAUUGAAAUCUGGUGUUUUAGUCCGACCCAAAACUUCCGCUGGUGCUUCUGGUGCAACUGGUAGCUUCAGAGUUGGAAAAGCACCUGCUUCUCCAAAAAAGAAGGCAAAGAAAGCCAAGUCACCGAAAAAGAAGAGUUCAAAGAAAUCAAAGAAUAAAUCUAACAAUGCUAAGGCUAAGAGGUCACCCAGAAAGAAGAAAGCUGCAGUUAAAAAGUCAUCGAAGUCUAAGGCCAAAAAGCCAAAGUCGCCGAAGAAAAAGAAGGCUGCCAAGAAACCAGCAAAGAAGGCUGCCAAGAAACCAACAAAGGCAAGAAAGUCGCCAAAGAAGAAGGCCGCCAAGAAGUCAAAAAAAUAA